AUGAAUGCAAUAGAUUGCAAGGACAAAUUGGAUAACAUCAUGACUCAUAAAAGAAUCACACUUCAUCAUACUACUUCAAAGCCAAUUCUUCUGAAGUUCAAUAAACAAUUACUCAAUGAACUAAUCAAUCUUUAUCAUUCUUCUCCAAUUCUAUUAUGUAGAUCAGGAGAUUCAGUAAGAUCAGCUAUAGUAAAACAAAUAAUAAUCAUUCAACAAAACGGAUACACUCAAGACAAGCUCCUUUCUUUCAAAGUAACAAUCUACAAAAACUUAAUAUUUCAAGUGCAACUUUCCUGUUCUCAAACAUCUUAA